GAUUGAAUGUGAAAAUAUAUUGCACCAGGAAUUUUGAAAAAUUAAAGUUAGUGUGAUGAUUUAGUAUAUAAAUAUACACAUCUAUGUUUGAAAAAGUUCCGAGGUUUUAAAUACUUUAAAUAGGGAUUUGACUUGCAUAAAGAGUUGGGAAAGUUCGCUGCCUUCGUUCUCCAUCAAGUCUCGCUAUUGGUGGUGCGAAUUAUAAGCGAUUUUGGUGUACCAAAAAAGUAGAGCCAAGUAGAAGAGAACGGAACGGCAAAGAAAAACUUUUUAAUUCAUCGGUAGAUUAAAAACAGUUAAAAAAUUGUAAAAGUGAAUUCAAUUUUUAAAGGACAUUUUUUUGUAAAUGCGUUGAUUACUAGGCAACAAAUUGGAUUGUGCUCCACAUAGAUAUUUCGGUGGAGUAGUGAAAAGAAAAAAAUUGGAAAUAUACAUAUACAUACAGCAGCAAAAAUAAGCGAACGUAGAGGAACGCAAAGUAUUUGGACAUCACCGAAAAAAUCCCAGUUUUUUAGAACUCUUUUUUUUCCAAAAAAAACAUACUUAAAUAGUGUACGCACAAAUCUUUGUUAAAACAAAAUUGAUUGCGAUCACUUCAAGUAGCCAGCCUAUAAACAGAGGACAAAAAACCGCACCCUUAAUUCACCCUUUUAACAUCGUCAGAAAAUCUAUAGGAGCUUCGAGAAAUAAAAAAGUAAACAAAAUUUUACAACAGUAAGGUUGACAGCACGACCAUCGAAAUGAAUGAAUUAGAUAGCCUAAGACAAGAAGCUGAAUCUCUUAAAAAUGCCAUACGUGAUGCACGCAAGGCUGCAUGUGACACAAGUUUAGUGCAAGCCGCUGCUUCGCUGGAACCUAUAGGCCGCAUUCAAAUGCGAACACGUCGAACUCUGCGAGGUCAUUUGGCAAAAAUCUAUGCAAUGCAUUGGGGCAGCGACUCGAGGAAUUUGGUGUCUGCAUCACAGGAUGGAAAAUUGAUCGUAUGGGACUCACACACCACCAACAAGGUGCACGCCAUACCAUUGCGGUCCUCAUGGGUGAUGACGUGCGCAUAUGCGCCUUCGGGUAGCUAUGUAGCCUGUGGAGGCCUUGACAACAUGUGUUCAAUCUACAAUUUGAAAACUCGCGAGGGCAAUGUGCGCGUCUCGCGUGAGCUGCCUGGCCACGGUGGCUAUCUGUCUUGCUGUCGCUUCCUGGAUGACAAUCAGAUUGUUACCAGCUCUGGCGAUAUGACUUGUGGUCUCUGGGAUAUUGAGACUGGCCAACAGGUAACCUCCUUCUUGGGCCACACUGGAGACGUAAUGGCGUUAUCGUUGGCGCCAGGGUGCAAAACAUUUGUGUCAGGUGCUUGUGAUGCCUCAGCCAAGUUAUGGGAUAUUCGUGAAGGUGUUUGUAAACAAACUUUUCCCGGUCACGAGUCUGACAUCAAUGCGGUGACUUUCUUCCCGAACGGCCAAGCAUUUGCAACAGGUUCUGAUGAUGCCACAUGCCGCCUUUUCGAUAUUCGCGCCGAUCAGGAACUGGCCAUGUAUUCGCACGACAACAUUAUCUGCGGUAUUACGUCAGUCGCGUUUUCAAAGAGCGGACGUUUGCUUCUUGCCGGUUACGACGACUUCAAUUGCAAUGUCUGGGAUACAAUGAAAGCAGAACGGUCCGGUAUUUUAGCUGGCCAUGAUAAUCGCGUCUCAUGCCUAGGGGUGACCGAAAAUGGAAUGGCCGUCGCAACGGGCUCAUGGGAUUCAUUUUUGCGUGUGUGGAAUUAAAGUGUUGGCGACUGUGCGUUUCCAAGCCAUAAGUGGAUGAGAUGCGGAUAUAAGUGUGGAAGGAGUGGGCUAUGGAGUAGUGUAAAAUAAAUAUUUAGUUACGAAAUAAAGGCAAGCACUUUCCCAACUCACCAAGAGUUCAAACAACCAGAACCAUUAUCAUGCGGCCACUUUCCACGCUCCUAGACCUCAUUAUCCUCCAUUUUGCGGCAGUAAAUUUAGAUUUUUACAUACAUAUAAUACACAAAAUCCAACUAGUAAACACGCAUACACAACAAUAUAACACUCGAACAAUCGAACACCCGGGAAAAGGGGCAACGGACACUGGACGGAUAAGACGGAAGCAUAUGCUGACACACAUAAACGAUUUAUAUACAAGCUUACAUUAAACAAAUUAUUUAUAUAAAAUAUAUACAUAAAAACAUAUAAGUUAAAAGUAAAUUCAAACUGAAAAAACCAGACGCAUAAAAAUAAAAAUAAAAACCAAAAACAGCAAAGUGAAAAAAUAAAGCCACUAAGAAAAAUUAUGCAAGAAAAAAAUAUGAUUAGAAGUAAAAGAAUGCUGAGGCAUAGAGAGGAAGCACAGCACAAAAAUCAUCAAAAAAGCGAAGUCUUUAACAAAGUUUAAGUCGCAGCGAAAUCUGUUGAAAACGCAUUUACAAAACCACAGCAAGAAAUUGAAACCGAAAUGAUCAAGCAAAAAGGGUUAUAGAAAUAAAAUCUAAAACAUAAGGAGCAAAGAAAAUAUGAAAAGAAACCCAAUAAGAUUUAUAAAUUUUUCUUAUUAAUUUUAAGCCCUAAUUUAUAUACAACUCAAAAUUAUAAAAUUAUUCAAAGAAAAUUAAAAAGUAAACGAAUAAAUUUUAUAUAUGGCCAUAUAAGCUAGCAGCAGCAAUAGCAAAAAUCAUAAAUACAUAAUACAAAAAAUAAAAAUAAAUAAAAGGAUAGGAUGAGAAACUAAACUUAAUGAUUCGUAAAAUAAUUUAUAAAGUAAAUUAUUCAAAAGAUAACAUUAGCAGCGGCAUCAGCAGUAGAAAUAUCACAAUGAUCACCCCGCUAGCAAAACAAAAAACAUGCAAAAGUCGCGAUAGUUGGUGCAUAUGAUAAAUCUGAUUUCGAAUUAUGUACAAAAGGCAUAACGGCAGAAAAAGGAAGAAAUGCACAAUUUCAUUUGGUACAUAGAAAACAGUUACUUGUAAACAGAGAUUGAACAUAUAUUCGUAAAGGUAUCGCUUGCAUAACGAGGAAUGUUUAUUCAAAUAUACACAUACAUAUGUAUGUAUAUCGCGUAGAGGCAGGUGCGAAAUUCUAUACAGAUACGAUUCUUGGUGCGGAAACAUCAUGAGUUUUAUUGAAGCCGAAGCAGGAGGGUAAUACAAAUGCUUGGACACAUUAAUAUGACUCAUUUUUAGUCUUUUGGACUUGCUGUGAUUUGUAAAUGUAAACGCUUGCAGAAACGGCAAAAGAUUGUUAAAAAAGGAUGUAGUACAUAAAGCAUGCGAAAUCGAAUUGACAAAUAACACUUCAUGGUUGCAUGUACAUACAUACGUAGAUACCGAAACAUUUCCAUACCACUAGAUGAAAGUUAUGAACACAAAUUUAACUAUCCAUCGAUAAAAUGUAUGCCCAAUGAUGAUUUUUCCAAAUUUUUUCCCAGUAUACGUGCCGACAUAAUUUGUUGUUGAUAUCCAACGUCGCUCUAUUGAACAAUUAACAAGUUUCUGUAUUUGGUGCAAUCCCCAUUGCUUUUUACACCUUUACAAUGCAAUAAUCACUUAGAUAUCUUUGGCAUAGAUAACUUAUUUCGCACAAGGCAAAGCCUACAGUCGCUUCUGCAACCAACAAAAAAGGGUACAGUGAUCACAUUCACCCCAGAUUGUCAUAAGAUUUGUCCUAAAAAUGUAUUUGUGAUUUUCGUUCAUUGGCCAAUGCGACUUGAUUUCGAUUAGAUCCAUAAUGUUUGGUCUGAGCUCCACCUCUUUAUACUUCAGUUCUUAAGCACAACUAAAUAUUAUAUGUAGAAAACAUGUACAAACUCUGUGGCAUGAAGCAAAUACUUUAAAUUAUUUUUGUAUCCAUAACACCUACAAGAUUUGCAAACGCACACGUAACAUUAUAAAAUGUCAAAAAUAUACAACAAAAACGCACACUUUCAAUUUUAUGCUAUCUGUUACUAAUUAAUUAAGAAAAAAAAAAUUAUGAUUUUUAACCGGUUGCAUUGCAAGUUAUUUUAUAUUUUAUGGUAUACAUACAUUUCGCCGGUGGAGUAUACUUAUAUAAAACUAAUUAUGUAAUAAAAUUGACUUACAAUAUUUGUUUAAUGUAUACAUGAUAAAAUAAUGUUUAUGAAUAUUGAAUAAUGUAAUGUCUUUGUGGAUCAAAUCAAGCAUGCAUACUUGCAAAUGCGCACAGAAUUGUUGACGAUAACAAAAUCCAUACCUGCAACUGAAAGCAUAAAGUUAUAAAAUGCAUAAUUAUAUUUUAUACAAGCAGAUUUUUGCAUUCUUGUAAUAGUUGAGGUGAAUCACCAACUGGUUACAUACUACAUGUAUUUUAUUGUUUUCUCAUUUUAUAUUUUAAACUUAUACUGUAUUAAAUUGAGCUUUAAACAAUUAUAAAUGUAUUUAUUUUUCGUUUUUUGUGCUUUAGAAAUUCGAGCACUAUAACAGUAAGGUAAAAAAUGAGCAAAAAUUAACCGAAGAACGACUAGCUGCAUUUAGUGUAACAUUUUGCAUUGCGUUUCGUGUUCCUACGGGAGCUUUGAAGAUUAAUGGUUUUAAGUUUUAAUUUCCCCUCCUCUCACUUUGGCACAGCUGUACCUUUUUAAUGCCACAAACCUGCCGUGGGCUUAACCUUUGAAUUUCUAUAUUUCUCACUUUACUGGUAUUCUUCCGGUGUUACACAUUUCGAAUCUUAUGAAAACA